CGUUGUUAUCUUAUUGUAAAUCGUUGUUUUCUCAUUGUACAGCGUUGUUAUCUCAUUGUACAUCGUUGUUUUCUCAUUGUACAGCGUCGUUAUCUCAUUGUACAUCGUUGUUUUUUCAUUGUACGGCGUUGUUUUUCAUUGUACAUCGUUGUUUUCUUUGUAGAAACAGACGUUAUUACCAAUUCAUCUGGUAAUAACAGACGUUAAUAGUUAAUGCUAAAUGCUACGAUAUAACAAACUCUUCAAGCCUUUGACGUCUAUGGCUGAAUACUCCCAUUCAUAAUGGGUAAACUUGCAUUUGCAACGUCGCUUAAAUGAAGAAAAUAUGAAGAAAAUCGAAGAGCAAUUCCCAUCAUACAUCAGGCCAUGCACGUCAAUGCAAAGGCACGCUCAGAAAUCGUUCUUAACAUUUGAAUGAAAUAUAUAAGAACUACCGAUACGUCAACAUAAAAGCAAGAAACGACUACGGCUGCUUCGUCAUGUCCAACGAUACAGGAGAAAUAACUUUAAGUGUGUUUGGGGCGCCAAAAGUUGGUAAAUCGGCUCUUACUGUUCGUCUUCUAACAAAACGAUUCAUUGGAGAGUAUGAUAGCUCAACAGUGUCAACCUAUCGUGGUGAAAUAAAACACGAUGCGGGUGAAGUUCUAAAGUUCUCUAUUCUUGAUUAUCCCGGUCCACUCAAAGACGUGUCAUCAUCUAUGGUGCAUUCCGCUGAUUGCUGUGUUGUGGUCUAUGCAAUUACCGAUUCGAAUUCCUUCCUUGAGGCUAUAAAUUAUGUUCAAACUGUUUCUGAUAUGAGAGAAGAUGCUGACAUGAAUCUCUUGUUGCUAGGCAACAAACGCGAUUUGGUCUGCAGUCGACAGGUGACGUAUGAGGAAGGUAAAUCUUUUGCAGAAAGAUUUGAGUGCUCUUUUUAUGAAGUUUCUGCCGCAGAGGAUUAUUUGAACGUUCAAACUGUAUUUAAAGAACUUUUGCUUCGAAUUCGCAAAACUCGCUUGGCUGAGAAACGAAAUCAAAAACUCUCAGCCAAAAAGAAGGCUGUAAAGCUGUUUGGUUUUGGUGGUAGAGCACGUAGUGGGACACUGUAGUAGGAUAACUGAAUCUCUUUUUCAUUCUUAGAUUUUACGUUUGUAAAUAUUAUAUUCAUUUGUUUUUUAUGACCAGUCUUUUAGAAUGGAUGA